AUGGGCGAAGGGAUUGGAGUAGAGACCGUCAGCGGCCCAAAGAAAUCUGUGAAGGACUGGAGUCAGUUUGUGAAUAGGCCUUCCCAGGCACUGGUUAUUAUCGAUAGCGUCUUUUAUAGUUGGGUUAUGGAGUCUCCCUGGGCGCUUGCCGAAGAGAUCAGUCUGGUCAUCUUUGAUGAGGUGCAUAACGCACUGGGAGGCUUCCCGCGAAAGCUUGUGGAGAUGACCCACAAGGUGAGAACUCUCAAUGGUGUGCCAGGCCCAGCUGAGGGCAGCUUUGCGGCAGCGCCGCACCCGCAGAUUCUGGGUCUCACCGCAUCCCCUGUACUACAUUUCACACACUAUGGGACUCUUGUUGAAUUGCUCGAAAUUACUCAGUGCGAGCUCGUCUCUGUAACAGCGAACUUACAUGACUUGCGAGAAAAGGUCCCUAUUCCCACGACAGUUGCGAUGGAGUACAACCUUUCCCCUGCGGAGGCCGCGUUUGAGUUGUACCUUCGCAAUAUGGCCAAUGAAAUACACGAACGUAACGAAGUCGCAAACCACUCGCUUCUUAAGAAAUUACGCAAAUCUUAUAUGGCGACGCCGGCAUACCUAAAUAAAUGCGAACAACUGCGAGCUGCUGCCUUACAAGGGCUAAAUGGAAGGCAUGAUUUGUUUGCCUUUGCCGUGGCUUCAUUCCUCCUACAAGUCUCAAAAGCUCUCAUGGCAUUGGAAGAAGAAUCGCUGGAACAGGCGUACAACUUGGUAGUGCAUAAAAGCGUGUUUGAUUGCCUGCGCAAAGACCGAUACGGCGCGGCCCUGCUUCUGCCGUUUCUCGAAGGUGUAAUUGCGGUGAUGCGACACAUCAGGGAGCGCUACCCGGCCUAUGCUUUGAGGCUGGGUGCUGAAGGUGCGCCUACAAAUUCCCUUACUUUCUCGUCCAAGUUAUUGUUUCUUAUGCAGUUACUGAAGUGGUUUGCUGACUGUGUAGUUUCCGCGAAAGUGGCUUUCCGUGGGAUCGUUUUUUGUGACACACGCGCUUCCGCGUAUCGCAUCCUCGGCGAAAUUAAAAAAACGCACUUCAAUGAUAUAUACAAACCGAGCGCUUUUGUUGGUAAGGGGAAUGCCCUCUUGAACGAUGAAGACGUGCAUAUGACCGAUGCAGCACAGAGGAGGGUGCUGCAGGAGUUCAGAGAAGGCGCGACAAGGCUUCUCUUGGCAACUUCGGUAGCUGAAGAGGGACUGGAUAUUUCCAGUUGCAAUGUUGUUAUACGGUACGAUUCCUGUAUGACGCUCCGCGGUUUUAUUCAAAGUCGCGGUCGUGCAAGGUUACGCAACUCCAUUUUUAUCGUUAUGGAAAAUAUGCGGCGGAAGUGGAAGGUCGCGAAAGUUGCCGCUAAGGCACUGGCGAUACAGGAGGAGCUCGUGAGCAAGGCCAUUAUGGAGCAAAGGAAAAGGCUCACGGUGAAGCAGCAUUUUUGGGAAGCUGACCCACGAUGGUGGCUGCAACAGUUGGCGAAGCAGCCCUGGGCCAUUGUUUGGCAGAAGGAGACAAAAAAUGUCUCUAGUGGCGUAGUGGGUCCCUGGAUAUGUGAGAUGGUUGCUCUUAUUGUGGAACAAAGGGGGACUCCGCGGGAGGGGUCGAAGAAAUACGAGGCAGUUGGAACUGGAUCGCUUUGGAAUGCACGGAGAAAGGCGGAGGCGGCUUUAUGCGAUGCUUUGGGCGAAGCGGGCUGUUUUUCGUUUGCUCCAGAGAUUCUUGCGGGCCCAAGCCAGAAGCUGCUGAAGUUUUUGUCGCGUGAUCUCUGCGUCUGCCAAGCCUCCACUCUUUCUUUGGAGGAAUUGCGGCGUCUUUACGCCCCAGGAGCCAAGGAAGUAAAUGUCUACAACAAGUUUGAGUGGCAUCCACACACACCCUCGGAUUUCCUCUUGGACGAGAUUAGGCGUCGGCGGCUGCCGAAACCCGAGAUCAGCGCGGAACACGACGGCAAACCCGGCACCGUUUGCCUAAGGCUUUCUCGACGGACGCUCACGGGUGAGAUUGAAUCAAAAGAGAUCGUUGAGACAGGAGAUGAACCACUGGAGGCCGCGUCGCUGAAGGCGCUUCGCUUUUUGGGCGUUGUAUUCCUCACAGGUGUGCCAUGCGACAUGACGCAACUCCUCGAGGCGUCGGCCAUGCAGCACGGAGGCGCUAGCGGCAAUGCAGCUUGA